AUGGAGGAGUUAAACUUGGACUGGCUGCGCUCCGCGGCUCAAGCGCUGGCGGGAUCUGAGGCUAGUACAAAGGGCAGUAAACGCAUGAUGAGUAAUUCAUCUCUGGAGAGCAACUUGGAGGGUCUAGCUGGUGUUUUGGAAGCUGAUCUGCCAAAUUACAAAAGCAAGAUACUAAGAAUACUAUGUACUGUCGCACGUCUGUUACCAGAAAAGCUUACUGUUUACACGACACUGGUUGGGUUGCUGAAUGCAAGGAACUACAAUUUUGGUGGAGAGUUUGUAGAAGCCAUGAUUCGUCAGCUUAAAGAAUGUCUGAAAGUCAAUAUGUACAACCAAGCUGUGCAUUUAGUUCGUUUUCUAUCUGAUCUUGUGAACUGUCAUGUAAUAGCUGCACCUUCAAUGGUAGCUAUGUUUGAGAACUUUGUGAGUGUGACACAGGAGGAAGAUGUACCCCAAGUACGAUGUGACUGGUACAUAUUUGCAUUUCUGUCAUCUUUGCCGUGGGUUGGAAAGGAGUUAUAUGAGAAAAAGGAUGCUGAAAUGGAUCGUCUCUUGUCUCAGACUGAAAGCUAUUUGAAACGCCGGCAGAAGAUUCAUGUACCCAUGCUGCAAGUCUGGACUGCUGAUAAGCCACAUCCACAAGAGGAGUAUUUAGACUGCCUUUGGUCUCAAAUCCAGAAGUUGAAAAAAGACCGCUGGCAAGAACGACACAUUCUGAGGCCCUAUUUGGCUUUUGACAGUAUUCUUUGUGAAGCGCUGCAGCACAAUCUGCCUCCGUUCACUCCUCCGCCUCACACCGAAGAUUCAGUGUACCCCAUGCCAAGGGUUAUUUUUAGAAUGUUUGACUACACGGAUGACCCUGAGGGCCCUGUCAUGCCUGGCAGCCACUCUGUUGAACGGUUUGUGAUAGAAGAGAACCUUCACUGCAUCAUCAAAUCCCACUGGAAGGAGAGAAAGACUUGUGCUGCACAGCUGUUGAGCUAUCCAGGCAAUAACAAGAUCCCCUUGAACUACCACAUCGUAGAGGUAAUAUUUGCAGAGUUGUUUCAGCUUCCAUCUCCACCACACAUUGAAGUCAUGUACACAACGCUCCUGAUUGAACUCUGCAAGCUUCAGCCUGGCUCCUUGCCACAAGUUCUUGCACAGGCUACUGAAAUGCUGUACAUGCGUUUGGAUACAAUGAAUACAACAUGUGUGGACAGAUUUAUUAACUGGUUUUCUCACCACUUGAGCAACUUUCAGUUCCGUUGGAGCUGGGAAGAUUGGUCAGAUUGUCUUACUCAGGACCUUGAGAAGCCCAAACCCAAAUUUGUGAGAGAGGUUUUGGAAAAAUGCAUGCGACUGUCCUACCACCAGCGAAUAAUAGACAUUGUUCCUGCAAGCUUUUCUGUCCUCAGUCCUGCUAAUCCAGUGUGCAUUUACAAAUAUGGAGAUGAAAGUAAUAGGUCUCUUCCUGGAUAUACUGUGGCGCUCUGUCUAACAAUUGCAAUUAAAAACAAGGCCAGUAAUGAUGAAAUCUUCAGCAUUUUAAAAGAUGUGCCUAAUCCAAACCAGGACGAUGAUGAUGAUGAAGGAUUUUCCUUCAACCCUCUGAAAAUAGAAGUUUUUGUUCAGACUCUGCUCCAUCUAGCUGCAAAGUCUUUCAGCCAUUCCUUCAGUGCUCUGGCAAAGUUUCAUGAAGUCUUCAAAACGCUUGCUGAAAGUGAUGAGGGCAAACUCCAUGUUCUGAGGGUUGUAUAUGAGGUUUGGAAGAAUCAUCCACAGAUGAUUGCUGUGCUUGUGGACAAGAUGAUUCGGACACAAAUUGUUGACUGUGCUGCAGUAGCAAACUGGAUCUUCUCUUCAGAGCUUGCACAUGAUUUCACUAGGUUUUAUAUCUGGGAGAUCCUGCAUUCCACAAUUCGUAAGAUGAAUAAGCACGUUCUGAAGAUUCACAAAGAACUGGAGGAGACUAAGGCAAGAUUGGCCAGGCAGCACAAAAGACGAGACAGUGAUGAUGACGAUGACGACGAUGACCGCAGCAGCGAUCGGGAGGAUGGGCCCCUGGAAGAGCAGAUAGAGCGCCUGCAGGAAAAAGUAGAGUCAGCCCAGAGCGAGCAGAAGAAUCUCUUCCUUGUUAUCUUCCAGCGUUUCAUUAUGCUGUUAACUGAGCACUUGGUGCGCUGCGAGACGGGUGGAAUUGACGUGUUCACACCCUGGUACAAGAGUUGUAUAGAGAGGUUGCAACAGAUCUUCCUACAGCAUCACCAGAUCAUCCAGCAAUACAUGGUUACCCUAGAGAACCUCCUGUUUACAGCUGAACUGGACCACCAUAUACUGGCCGUGUUUCAGCAGUUCUGUGCUCUGCAGGCUUGAGGAUUAUUCACGGGCAGAGUCUUGUCUGCAGGACUUUAGUGAAUUUAACAUUUGGUUUUUUUACAUGAUAAAACUUGAUAUGGGGAUAGAAAAACUUUUUGACUAAAACUGGCUUU